AUGGACGGCGCGCCGCGGCGCAGCAAGUGGGACGUGGUCGAGGACCGGCGCGCGGACGCGCAGGCCGCGGCCGCUCAGCGCGAGGCACGCGCAAAGGAGGCGGCGCGUGCAGCGCUCGCCAAGCGGCGGCGGCCAGAAGCGCCGCGCAGUGGGCCGAUGCACGUCAUGCCGCCUCGCAGCGCCUAUCCGCGGAUUGCGGGGUGCCGCUCCGUGUCGGAAUUCGAGCGACUGAAUAGGAUCGAAGAGGGGUCGUACGGGAUCGUGUCGCGCGCGCGCAACAAGAAAACGGGCGAAAUUGUGGCGCUUAAGCAACUCAAGCUCGACAAGGAGAAGCAGGGCUUCCCCAUCACGUCCCUGCGCGAGAUUCACACGCUGCUCGAGGCGCGGCACCCGCACAUUGUCGAGCUCAAAGAGCUCGUUGUCGGCGACACGCUGAGCCAGGUCUACCUCGUGAUGGAGUUUGUCGAGCACGACCUCAAGACGCUCCUCGGCACGAUGCGCACGCCCUUUCUCCAGUCGGAGAUCAAGACGCUGAUGCAGCAGCUCUUGUCGGCCGUCGCACUGAUGCACUCGCGCUGGAUCGUGCACCGCGACCUGAAGACGUCGAAUCUGCUCAUGACGAACCGGGGGCGCAUCAAGAUUGCCGACUUUGGCCUCGCACGCCUCUUUGGCGAUCCACUGGAAGAGAUGACGGCGCUCGUCGUCACGCUAUGGUACCGCGCCCCCGAGCUGCUGCUGGGCACGCCGGUCUAUGAUACCGCGGUGGACAUGUGGUCGGUCGGCUGCAUCUUUGGCGAGCUCCUGCUAAAGGAGCCGCUCUUUCAAGGCAAGAACGAGACGGACCAGCUCGCACGCAUCUUUCGGCUGCUCGGCCGCCCGAGCGAGGCACAGUGGCCGAGCUACAUGGGGCUCCCACACGCACAAAAGUGGGGCAAGGCGGGGCCCACGCACAGCAUCCUGCACCACCAGUUCCGCUACUCGACCGAGGCGACGCUCGACCUCCUCGAGCGCCUGCUUACGUACGACCCCGCGCAGCGCAUCACCGCCGAAGCGGCGCUGCAGCACCCCUACUUUACCGAGUCGCCUUUACCGGCGCACCCAGAUAGCUUCGGGAGCUUCCCCUCGGCGGCGGCCGGCGAGAAGCGGCGGCACGCGUCGCCCGACGCGCCGCACCGGCCCACCAAGUCGACCGCCUACGCGCUCGAAUUCGACCUGUAG